AUGCUCUCCAAAUGGUUGGCGGUAUUGCCAGCAACCGCAGCCUUCGUUAUCCAGAGUUCACCUGGUACUCAUUUUGACACUUCUACGCCUGCAAAUUGCACUGUCUGGGCUACCACACAGCCUGGCGAUACAUGCAACGGAAUCGAAUGGUACUUCAACAUCACACAGACGGAAUUUGCAUCAUGGAACCCAUCUUUGAAAAACGAUUGCUCUGGACUUUCAUUGAAUAACUACUCUUACUGUGCUCAAAUCAAGCAACCACCGAGCUCAGACGACUACACCUACACUUUACCCAACCCGACUUCCACCGCGACAGAUUCGGAGGAUGCAUAUUCUCCCGUCCAGACAGGAAUCUCUUCCAACUGCGACUCUUAUUUCUAUGUGGCGAAGAACGAGACCUGCCAGGGAAUCGUUGACUAUUACGAUGGACUUUUCAGCCUGGAAGACUUUUACAGCUGGAACCCUGCUGUUCAAAAAGACUGCAGCCAGCUCUUCGCUGGUUAUUUUGUUUGCGUUGGAUUGACGAGCUCUCCGACGCAACUACCAGCGACAAAUACUGCAUCUCCCACGGCUACCGGACCAUCCCCAGAGCAGACUGGCCUUACUUCAGACUGCGACGACUUCUACCUGGUGCAGUCCGGCGAUACCUGUCAAGCGAUCUCCGACAAGAAUGGAAUCAAACUACAAGAUUUCUACACCUGGAACCCCGCCGUGGAGUCCGAUUGUUCCCAUCUAUACCUUGGGUACUACGUGUGCGUCGGGGUGCCUGGUUACGUCUAUGCUACAACAACGACGUCCGCGGUCACUUCCAAGCCGACAACCACAGGAAAUGCAGCUCCCUCUCCUACUCAAAGCGGCAUAGCAGCCAAUUGUAAUCACUACUAUCAAGCUGUCUCCGGAGACUCUUGCUACGCCAUCGCUACCCAGAACGGAACAUUCUCGGUGGCUCAAUUUGAGCAGUGGAACCCGGCUGUGGGUUCUGACUGCUCCAUGUUAUGGGCGACUUACUACUACUGCACUGGUGUCUCUGGCAGCAGCAAGUGA